UGAUCUCCGUACUUACAACAAGAUAUUAUAAAACUUGAGAAGGUACAACAGCGUGUUAAAAUUUUCUAAGGUUAUGCCAUGGCUGAGGCAGUAAAUAAUAUUUCAACUACGCCUGAAGCACAAGACUUGCUCCAUGACCACACGUGGCUGAUAACUAUGCGAUUCGUGGUCAUGGGUGUUGGAAUCGUGCUCAACAGUGUUGUCACUGGAGUGUUCAUGUACAUACGAAUGUAUAGAAAGUCAUUGCUACACGGAUUAAUUGUCCAGCAAUCGUUCGUAGAUUUCUUUGGUUGCUGUCUGUUCCUUAUAUUCUAUAAUCAAGACGCACCAAGUGGAAACUGGGGAAAAGCGUUUUGCAAGUGCCGUAGUAUUUUCUGGUUUGUUGUAAUAACGUCCACGUACAAUCUUCUGAUGAUAACCUUCGAACGAUUCAUUGCGGUUGUGCAUCCGAUCACUUACAGAAAAAGAAACAUUUUAAAAAGAUCUCGACUGUUUUACAUAGUACCAUAUAUUACAGCUUUCUUGCUUACAUUCCAUCUCGCGAUUAUCGCCGAUAUCAACGAGGGUCUAAUCGGAGAGUGUCAGUAUAAAUCGAAUCGUGGUGUCAGUCUUUUUUCAGGCAUUUUAAUUUUUACGACAUUUUUUUUCUUUCCGGCGUGUUUUAUGUCUUACUGCUACGGCCGGAUCUUGUUGGUGUUCCGUAAAAGGGCAAAGGCACGGCAACAGAACGAUGCGAGUAACCAAGAAGGUACUGAUAAUCCAAAUAAAAGAUCGCAUCGCGUAUCUACGCAAAGAAACUUGGUGUACACGAUGUUCUUCGUCGUUAUUGGAUAUAUUUUUACUUCUUCUCCUAACUUCACUAUGUACCUGGUGUAUAAUAUUUGCAGGUGUUUCGAAUACAGCACCAUACUUGCACACGAAAUAACUGUACUCCUCUGCACAUGCAAUAUGUGUAUCAACCCGAUCAUUUACGGAGCGAAGAUGAAUGAAUUUCGCAGUGGGGUGCUAAAAGUUUGGCGUAGAACCGUUAUGUUUGUAACGGGUGGUGAUAUUGUAGACGAAUCACCAUCUGUUGAUAACUCUCUAGUGACCAUGAGUAAAAAUGAGAUGAUAAAUUGAAAAAAAAUCACACCAUAAGCAAGGAUGAUUAUGUAAACAAAAGUAUAAGCCAAUUAAUAAACGGAACGCAAAUUACGUCUUGUUGUUGCAGCGACGUUUCAUGCUCCGGUGAUCUUGUAUGCAAGCUAUUACGUCAGCUUCUCGCA